AUGCUGAAGAGCCAGGCGUCAUCAAUCAGAAACCUAGAAAUUCAAGUGGGGCAGAUUGCAAGCGAAUUGAAAAGCAGACAGCCAGACGUUCUACCUAGCAAUAUAGAGACAGAUGGGAAUAAUAACGGGAAAGAGCAAUGUCACGCAGUGACGUUGCGGAAUGGAAGAGCCCUUGCAGAAAGAAAGAUGAAUCCAAGAAACAAUAGUCCUUCGAAAAAACACAUUACAUGUUCAACAGAUCAGAAAGAGAGAAUGCCGGAAAAUACAAGCCUUUCGAAAACCAACACGUCUAACGUGGGAAAGCAGAAGGCACAACCUACUUCUGUCACCCUUCAACUCGCUGACAGGAUAAUUAAGUACCCAGAAGGGAAGAUUGAAGAUGUUUUAGUAAAGGUUGACAAUCACAUAUUCUCAGUAGACUUCAUUAUUCUGGAUUAUGAAGCAGAUAGAGAGGUUCCAAUCAUCCUUGGACGCCCUUUCUUGGUUACUGAGAAAGUUUUGAUUGACGUGCAUAAAGAUGAGCUAAUCAUGCACGUGGAUAAUGAAGAGGUGAAAUUUAAUGUGCUCAAUAGAUUAAAAUUCCCAGACAGUGAUGGUUGCCAGCUAAAUAAUAUUGAAUUGACUGAAUAA